CACAUGGGUUAAUAGGUUGUCAAAACUUCGGUGGUUUGGAAGCGUUAGAAGUGAUAAUUUGAAUUUAGACAGGGUGGUUGAACCGUUAGGGCAGGAUGGGGCGUAAAAACCGAAAGCCUCGAGGCGAUGCGGGAGGUGCCGACAACAGCGGCUUGAAUCGGGCGCAGAAACGAGAACUGAAGGACUGCAUAGAUAAAGUGCUGGACCUCUGUACCAAACCUUUGAGUAUGGGAGCAAAAGAAUGGGAUGACUUUAUUGAACUUCGCCAGGUUAUUGAGCGUGUGGAGCAGCUUCAAACGGGAAGUGGGACGCAUUCACAAAAUAGAGCAGAAAAUAUCCAGGCCUUUCUUGAUUGGUUAAAUACUCAUGGAGUGGAUACAACGAAUGUUGGCAUUUGUGAGUUUAAAGGUUAUGGAUAUGGCUUGAAGGCAGAAAAAGAUUUUAAGACAGCAGAUCUGUUCCUUUCCAUUCCAAGAAAACUGAUGUUGACCUUAGACUCAGCAAAGUUAUCGCCCUUAGGCCCGUUUAUGUCAGAUGACAAGAUUCUGCAGAGCAUGCCUAAUGUGGCCCUCUCUCUGCACCUGCUGUGUGAGAAAUACAGAGAAAACUCCUUCUGGGCUCCCUAUAUCAACAUCUUACCCAGCUCCUACAAUACACCCCUGUACUUCAGCACAGAUGACCUGCAGCUGUUAAAGGGCUCACCUACCCAAGGUGAGGCGAUCAAUCAGUUCAGAAACAUCACAAGACAAUACGCUUAUUUCUACAGACAUCUUCAGACAAAUCCAUUGGCAGCCAAACUUCCUAUUAAAGAUAUCUUCACCUAUGAUGACUACAGAUGGGCAGUUUCCACGGUGAUGACAAGGCAAAAUCCAAUCCCAUCAGUGGAUGGUGGUCACAUGACAUAUGGACUCAUUCCCCUUUGGGAUAUGUGCAAUCAUCAAAAUGGACAGUUGUCCACAGACUUUAACUUGGAACAGGAUAGAGGAGAGUGUUUCUGUAUGAAGGACUUUCUCACCGAUCAACAGAUAUUUAUUUUUUAUGGUGCCAGGUCAAAUGGAGAGUUUUUUGUCCACAAUGGUUUUGUGUAUAAAGAAAAUGAACACGACAGCUUGAGUAUAAAAUUAGGAAUCAGUAAAAAUGACCCAUUAUUUGGUUUGAAAUCUGAACUGUUAGGAAGGAUAGGGAUGUUGAGCUCUAGGAAUUUCUCCUUACACAUGGGCAGUGAGGCUGUGGACACAGAGUUAUUAACCUUCCUCAGGAUAUUCGUCAUGGAUGAGGAGUCUCUGAAGACCUUCCAGAACAAGGAAUCUCCUGAGCUACUGGAGGUUUUGGGCAGGGCUGUAUCACCCCUGUCCCCAGAGCUGGAGCUCAAAGCCUGGGACUUCCUGGACACCAGGGCCUCCUUGCUCUUAAAGAUGUACCCCACAAGUUUACAGGAAGACGAGGAAAUGCUGAACCAGGAUUUGUCAGAAGCAAAGACCUCUGCUGUUUUGCUGCGCUACCUGGAGAAGAAACUUUUGAUGAACGCUAUCAAAUAUACUAAGGAAAUAAAGGAAAGACUUCCGUUGAAACAGUGAUGAUUAUUAUUUUAGCCAAACUGGGGCAACAAAGACAUGGUUAAUGUGUUUCAAAGU